CACGAUGAUGCCGUCGUGUCCCCGUGCGUGGUGUCCUCCACGCGUCGCGUCCCCGCAGCGUGGCAGAGCCCCUACCUGAACGUCUUCAAGCACUUCCGCGUGGAGGAAUGGAAGCGCUCCGCCAAGGAGGGGGACGUCACCGCCGUGAUGGACAAGAAGCUGAAGGGGACGGUGUACCGCAUCCGGGGCUCCAUCCCCGCCAGCAACUACCUGCAGCUGCCCCGCACCGCCUCCCAGUCUCUGGGGCUGUGCGGCCGCUACCUCUACCUGCUGUUCCGGCCCCUGCCCCGCAAGUACUUCGUGGUGCACCUGGACGUGGCCACCGAGGAGAACCAGGUGGUGCGCGUCUCCUUCUCCAAUCUGUUCAAGGAGUUCAAAUCCACGGCCACGUGGCUCCAGUUCCCCUUCAUCUGUGGGGCAGCCAGGGGCUGGCUGCACGACAGCACGGCCAGGGCUUCCAGGCGAGACCUGGUGGGAGCAGCCCCUGCCGACGCGCGCUGGACGUGCCUGGUGCUUGACCUGCACUACGUGCUCUCCCUGUACCUGAGCCGGCGGUACAGCCACCUGAGGAGCAUCAAGCUCUGCUCCAACCUGCUGGUAAAAAACGUCUGCACGAGCGACUUGCUGUUUGAGCCAGGUGUGACGCUCUCGGAGGCUCGCCAUGCCAGCCCAGCCUGCCAUGGGGCAGCUCCAAUGCCGCGGGACAUGGCCUUCCCAGUGCCCAAGGGGGGGAAGUGGCACGACCACUACGACUACAUCAGGUUCCCACCCGAUGGCUGCAGGCUGCCCUACGACUCCAUCCAGAGGAGCUGCUCCAGUCCUGCGGCAGGUGACCACAGGUCAGAGGAGCCCCUCGGCCAGCUGCCCCAGCCGGUGACGUUCACCAAAGCGGUUCGUGACCGGCUGUCCCUCGUGCAGCAGAUCACCAGUCCCAAAGCCAUGCCACACCGGUGCCCUGCAGCUGCGGGAAGCAUCCCUGAGGUUCACCUGGCAGCCCCAGAGGCCCUGCGUGCUGGGGACAGGGAGGCAGAGGAUGGCACACUGCGUGGCCUGGGGGACUCCAGGCGGUCCCUGGCCGUCAGUGACGGCGGCAUCCACGUGUACGCGCACCGGAGGAGCGAGCGAGCCGCCCAUGCCACCCGUGCGGGCUCAGAGGAGGGCGUGCACAGGAAGGGCUCCAGCGCAGACACACCAGCUGGUGGGAGAGCAUCUCGCUGCAGGAGCUUCUUACCAGAUCCGAUCCUGAAGCUGAGGAAGGUGAUUGGCUUUGGGGGCUGCAGCACCAAGUGGGCGCUGUGGACUCAGGACAACUCUGCAGUGGUCUACCCCUGCCACGCACUGAUAGUAACCCUGCAGAUUCAGACCGGCGAGCAGAGGUUCUUCACCGGGCACACGGAUAAGGUGUCGGCGCUGGCGUUCAAUGGGAGCAGCACCCUGCUGGCCUCGGCGCAGGCGGGUCCCCUGGGCGUGCUGCGCCUCUGGGACUUCCCCAAGGGCAGCUGCCUGGCCGUGUUUCAAAGCCACGUGCGGACCCUGCUGUCCCUCAGCUUUUCCUACAGCGGAGCCGUUCUCUGCGGCGUCGGGAAGGAUGGCCACGGCAAAACGAUGGUGGUGGUGUGGAACACUGCCCGGGUGACCCGCGGCGGAGAGGUGCUGGUGCUGGCCAAAGCCCACACGGACGUGGACAUCCAGACCUUGAAGAUUGCUUUUUUUGAUGAUACCAGGAUGGUGUCGUGCGGCCGGGACAGCGUGAGGCUGUGGCGAGUGCGGAGCGGAGCGCUGCGCUCGUGUCCCGUCAACCUGGGCGAGUACCACGCGCUGGAGUUCACCGACCUGGCCUUCGAGGAGGGGCACUGGGCUGCGCGCGAGCCCGACGACCGCACGCUCUUCGUCUGCAGCAGGAGCGGCCACGUCCUGGAGGUGGACUACAAGAACAUCUGCGUGCGGAGCGCGCGGCGCCUGCUGCCCGCCCAGCUGCAGGACGGGGCAGGCCCUGGCAUUGCUAUCAACAGUAUCAGCAUCUCCUCGACCUUGUGUGCCACGGGCUCUGCGGACGGCUGCCUGCGCCUGUGGCUGCUGGACUUCUCGGCCGUUGUGCUCGAAGCAGAGCACGAGGCGCCGGUGAGCUCUGUCUGCAUCAGCCCUGACGGCCACAAAGUCCUGUGCACGACCACAGCCGGGAACCUGGGCUACUUGGACAUCCAGACCCGGGGCUACAGCACCCUGAUGCGCUCCCACGAGCAUUCCAUUUUGGCCUUCUCGGUGGAGGGAGUUGGGAAGCAGAUGGCGACGGUGUCUCAGGAUAACACCAUCCGGGUGUGGGACCUCGUGUCCACGCAGCAGCUGUACGACUUCACAGCUGCCGAUGAGACGCCGUGUGCUGUGUCCUUCCACCCCACCCAGCGGAUCCUCGCCUGCGGCUUCGACAGCGGCGUGGUGCGGACCUUCAGCUUGACUGCCUCCGACCUCCUGGCAGAGCACAAGCAGCACCGCACUCGGAUCGCUGGGCUCACCUUUUCUCCAGAUGGCAACUUCAUGUUCAGCUCCUGUUUGCAGGGAACUCUGGCUCUUUACAGCAGCGUGGCGCGGAAAAGCCGUGUCCUGAGAGUCCUGGGUAACGUGGUGGCCCGGGAUGCUGGCAGCGGUCCUGAUGCUUUGGUGCUCAGCGGGGACAGCCGCCUCCUGGCCUUUGUGGGGCCCUCCAAGUACGUUGUGACCGUGAUGGAGGCCUGCUCUCUGGAUGAGCUGUUGAGGGUGGACAUCAGCGUCCUUGAUUUGAACAGUACGGUCUUGGACUCUGCAGUGAGAAUCUGCUUUGCUCCUGUGUCACAAGGAGAGCUCCUGGUGUCCACUUCUUCCAACAAAAUCCUUGUGCUUGAUGCAAAAACAGGACGGCUGGUGCGAGAGGUGCCCCCCGUGCACAAGCUGUCCUGUUCUUCCUUGGCGCUGAGUGAGGACGCCAGGUACCUGCUCACUGCUGGCGACAAGGUUAUCAAAGUGUGGGACUAUCGGAUGCGCUUCGACACCAACUUCCAGGUGUACAUCGGCCACUCGGAGCCUGUGCGCCAGGUGGCCUUCACCCCGGACCAGCAGCACGUUGUCAGCGUUGGAGAUGCCAUCUUCCUCUGGGAUUUCCUGGCUGUGCCUGCAGAGAGGUCUCCCCCAGCCCUGGCUUGUUCCUCCGAGUCCCCUCUGCUGCCUGCAGCAGAAGAGAGCUCUGAGAAGCUGAAGGAUGUGUCUGAUGUACCUCGGCAGACAAUUCCUCUUCCACUGUUGUCCUCACCACCCUGUCUGGAUGCCAGCUCUGCCCACCUAGCGGGAUGUCAAAGUAUUUUCUCAGAGUCAGACAGAGAGGAGGAGGCCGAUCUGCCCAGCAGGGUGGUGGAAAACGGAGGCAAAGACGCCUCGGUCCUCGUGGCAGAGCCGGCCAGGAGCGAGGAGCUUGUCAUUGUGAGACCCAAAGUGAGGCCGGAGAGCUGCAGGCCUCCCGCACCAUUGGCAAAUGAACCCAGAAAGGAGAGCAAAAGUCCCAAGUCCCGGUGCUGCGUCCUCCCAGAUUCGUACCGGCAUUUCACUCCUCGCUUUAAGGCCUCCGUGCUCCCCCAGAGUUUCUCGUCUCCUCCAGCUGGCAACGAGGUCUUGAAGCUGAAAGCGGUGAUCGGCUACAAUGGGAAUGGCAGAGGGAACAUGGUGUGGGACCCGGACACAGGCUUCUUCGCCUACACCUGUGGCUGUGUCAUCGUGGUUGAAGAUCUGCACUCAGGGUCACAGAGUCACUGGCUUGGCCACGUCGAGGAGAUCUCUACGCUUGCCAUCAGCCACGAUGCCCAGGUUCUGGCUUCUGCCUCGGGAAAGAGAGAUGGAGACUCCCAUUGUCAGAUCUGCAUCUGGAACACGCAGGAUGGGGUUUGCACAGCAAGGCUCUUCCACCACGAGACGCAAGUCCAAGCCAUGGCGUACUCUCGGGAUGACAGGUUCCUCGCUACCGUGGGGGACUACAAUGACCAAACCAUUGCUCUGUGGAGUACCUACACUUACGAACUCCUGUCGUCGACUCGUAUCUCGGAGCCAGUCCAUGACAUGGCUUUUAGUCCUUUUUCUCACAGAGAAAUGGCCUGCGUGGGGAAGGGAGCGGUUACGUUUUGGCUGCUGGAGCAGCGCGGGGCUGACAUCGAUCUCAAGGUUCAUCGGGCCCCUGCGCCCGAAGUGUUAGGCCCGGUGGAGCUGACGUCUCUGUGCUAUGGGGCUGACACCCUUCUUUACAGCGGGACCAACUCGGGCCAGGUCUGCGUGUGGGACACGGAGACUAAUCGCUGCUUCAUGACGUGGGAGGCCGAUGAGGGCGAGAUCGGUGUGCUGGUGUGCCGGUGCAACAAGCUGGUGAGCGGCAGCAACACGAAGCGCAUCCGCCUGUGGGCAGUGGGGGCCAUGCGGGAGCUGAGGCUGAAGGGGCCCGAGGCCAGGAGACCUAGCUCGGUCGUGCUGGAACAUGAGAUCACCCUGGAUGGGACGAUAGUCAGCAUGGCCUUCGAUGACUCUUUAGAAAUGGGAAUCGUGGGCACCACUGCAGGAACGCUGUGGUACAUCAACUGGAUGGAGAGCACGAGCAUCCGGCUCAUCAGUGGCCACAAAAGCAAGGUGACCGAGGUGUCCUUCAGUCCUGACGAGACUCACUGUGCCACGUGUGGGGAAGAUGGCAGCGUGAGGGUUUGGUCCCUGGGCAGAAUGGAGCUGGUGGUACAGUUUCAAGUGCUGAACCAGAGCUGCCACUGCCUGGCCUGGAAGCCCCACCCCAGCACUGGAUGGGAAGCUGAGAGCCAGCAUGUAGUGGCAGGGUACAGUGAUGGCACCAUCCGUGUCUUCAGCAUUUCCAGGACAGAGAUGGAGCUGAAAAUGCACCCCCAUGCCACUGCACUGACAGCAAUUGCCUACUCCACAGACGGAGAAAUGAUCUUAUCGGGGGGCAAGGAUGGGCUGGUGGCUGUCAGCAGCCCUCGCACCGGAAUGACCAUCCGCAUCCUGGCUGACCACAGAGGCUCCGCUAUCACCGUCCUCCAGUGCAUCAGGAAGCAGUACCAUGACUUUGGGGUGGAAGGAGGUGAGCUGUGGCUGGCUGCCAGCUCGGACCGGCGAGUCAGUGUUUGGGCCUCCGACUGGCUGAAGGAUAAGUGUGAGCUCCUCGACUGGCUUAGCUUCCCUGCUCCUGCCAGCCCCGAGGGUCUUGGCAGCCUCCCACCCAGCCUGGCUGCGUUCUGCCCUUGGGAGCACGGUACCCUGGUCUACGUCGGCUUUGGGAUGCAGAGGGAAGCCUUGUUUUACAGCCUGCGCAAGAAACAGGUCGUUGAGAAGAUCUCCUUGCCAUACUUUGCCACAUCACUGAGCCUGUCUCCUGCAGCACGCUUCAUGGCUGUCGGCUUCAGCGAGCGGCUCCUCCGGCUGCAGCGCUGCCCGGCGGGCCUGCCCCAGGACUACGCUGGCCACGACGACGCCGUCCACCUGUGCCGCUUCGCCCCCGCCGGCCGCCGCUUACUGACGGCCUCGCACAGCGCCGUGCUCGUCUGGGAGCUGCUGGCCGCCUGAGGCGCGGAGCGGCCGCGCCCCGGGCCGGGCUGCGGCUCCACGCCAGACCCCGGCUCAGCCCCCGCCUAGGCCGCAGCCCCUGCGGUGGGGCGUGGGACUCUCCGAGACUGCUGUGGUGUUUAUUUAUGUCGCGCGAUUUCCUC